AUGAAAUUUAAAAAAGAAAGUAAAUUUAAAGAUAAAUUGCAUGAAAUUUCCUUUAAGUUACAAUGGUUAAAGUUUUACAAAAAUUUACAGUUUUCGUUUCCUUACAUUUUCAAAAGUGAACUUUCUUCUGGGCCACCCUGUACUUUGAAUUAAUUUAUAUUAUUAGUUCUUGUAAAACUCUUGCACAUUUAACUGGGUAAAAAACAGUCAUGAAAUCAAAUAUAAACAGUUAUAAAAUAUGAACGUGACAGUUAAUAGUUUGGAUGCUACGAGUAUGAUUCUAUAAAUCCAAUAGUAAGCAGUGCUCUACUUACAGCAUAGUUGGCUCACAUUCUCAUACUCUACGUACUUACUGAAAAUAAUACAAAUUAAUUCUAAUUUCAGGCUUUGAAGUUUCAUAACGUGAAGAAAAUAUUACAUUAAUGAUAAAUAAAAAGAAUGAACGGCUCUAAUUACGAGUGUUUAGUGCAUAGUUUGAAGGAUUUCAUUAUGCCGCAAAGUUGUAUACAGCUGUUGAACACGAAAACAUUUAUGUUACGUGUCAGAGUAAUUUUGCGUCUCUAUCGCACUCGAAGUUGGAAAAGUUUGCGUCUCUCUCCCGCGUGACGCAAUGCGCUCGCGCAGUAAUCCGCGGUGCAUUCACUCGGACCGUAAACUGCGCGAGAUCACAACGUAGGUAACAUCAUUUCUCUAUAGUGACAACUGACAAUCGAUUAUUUAGUUCGUGAUCUACAAAAAAAGUUUAUCUGUUUCAUAACCGUGUCUAAAACGCCAGUGACGUGCACAGUGAAUAUUUGUGGCAAUAAGAAAUCUGCGCGAAGGUUAAAGUUUUGCAAUGGACGCGACUAUGGAAAACAAAAUGGGUCUACCCCCACCGUACGAGCAGGCACAUCCCAACCCGGCGCCUCCACCAUCCUACUUUGGCAGUAACCCUCCACCACCACCGGGUAUGGUCAUCCCUCCGGCAACCGCUCCUCGAACCACCGUGAUCACAUCUCCACCUAGCUCCGGCCUAGCCCCAGGAAAACUGGGCCCAGGCCCCACAGGCACCACCUGCGUUACAUGCAACAAAUCCAUAGUAACGCGAGUCGAUUACGUACCCAACAAUCGGACUCAUAUAAUUUCUGCAGCGCUGUGCGUUCUGGCUGGAUGUUGUUGCGGCUGCUUCGUCCCCUACUGCAUGAGGUCUUGUAAAACCGCCAACCACUACUGCCCGAACUGUCAAGCGUUCGUCGGGACGUACAUUCCUUCGUGACUAUCUUGUCGUUGCAAAAAAUGAUCUCGAUUCGAUCUCAGAUGCUGUACCCACGUGUGACGUAACUCUGCCGGGCUAGGAUGAUGCGCACCGUGAUAAAAUCUUAUCGAUGAUUUUUGACGACAAAUGUAUGGGCUUAUCGCGUAAAAUCGAUAAAAUGGUGCGAAAGAGCUUAUCGCGGUGCGCAUCCUAGGCCUACUGAUCUUGUAUGAUUUGUCACAUGCCUCAAGUAGGUACGUUUUGUGGCACAUCAUAUACAAUUUUGUAGCAAAAUAGCUGUUAUUACCACUACAUAAGAUGCCACAAUGUUUAGCUUGAUUUGUUGUCCUCUGUACUAAGCAAAUACGAGUAGUCAAGAUAGGUUGAAACACAUCACUUAUGUAGGUACAGCAUCUAAGGCGUUUAUAAAACAUCACGUAUAAAACAUAGUAAUAUUUUUGUAAAUAUCUUUAGAGUAUAUUUUAUUAUUAAGUUUACCCCACAUAAUUAUAUGUCAAAAUAAGAAUGAUUAAACCUUGUGGUUUAAUUUCUAUACAUUUUUACAGAUUACAUUUUUUAUAAAGAACUGAUGAUACUUUGCCCCUAUAUUUCUUGCCUUCUGGUAAUGGAAACUUUUUCUAUGGCAAUUCAGUUAUAGGUUUUCAUUCUAAAAAUUUAGAUAGGUACGACUGAAAAACAAACUGGUGCGGCGUAUUUGCGGAAAACGCGUUUGAGAUCGUCUCAAAAGAUAAUAAAUUAAAGAUAAAAAAUGCACGCUAUAAGGUGAUAAAAUGAUAUUUUCAACUUAUGUUUUCAUAUAGUGGUGUUUGUAUACCUAGAUAAGUAAGCAUGUAAUCGAACUCAUUCUUCAUUCAAUGAAUAAGCAGAGUAUGUAUUGUUAUUUUAAUAUCAAUAAAAUGAGUGGACCAGUUCAAAGUACCUAUGUAAGUAGGUAUAAUAUUUUUUCAACUCAGUGGUGCCUCCAUUUUCCCUAUUGGCUUACCUACGUCAAAGUAGUCGUCAUUGUAGAGUCAUUAAACCUACCGCACUAGAUUACUACCGUGAUUUAACUUUUAAGUUGUUUAAAAAAAUAUUUAUUUAUAAUUUUUGGUGUUAUAAAAUAAUUUAGAUUUUUUAUUGAUAAAAUUUUCAUUUUAAUCAUAUAAUUAUUUUGUUAAUAUUCGAACAUUCGUUGUUAAUUCGACCGCACCGCUCACUCGUGAGCCUCGAACGAUAAGUUUUGAUUGUAACCAGUUUAUCUGCAGUAAACUAAGUUCAGUUUAUUUUAUAUAAAUCAUAAAUGCAAAAAAAAACGAAUACAAUUGUGAUGAAGUUCAUUUACUCGACAUUGUGGUACGAAAAACUUGUGCAGUCGACCUGAAUUCCCGCCUAGAUUGUAAUAACCAACUUCUAGCAUACUUGUAAUCUCAUUUUAUACGGUACAUCUAUGUAAAUAGUUAAAAUAGUUAUAAGUUUUUUGUAAAACUUAUUAAUUGUUAAGUAUGCAAACGACUGUAA